UCUGUUGUUUAAACAUGGCGGCAUGGUGCUAUAUGUCGAUCGCUAUUUUGCUUCUUGCACGUGAAUCCUUGGCAGUACAUUACGAGCCAACAUGGGAGUCCCUGGAUUCACGGCCCCUCCCGGAUUGGUACGAUGAUGCAAAGCUUGGGAUUUUUAUUCACUGGGGAGUGUUUUCCGUACCCAGUUUUUCAUCUGAAUGGUUUUGGUAUGAUUGGAAAGAAAGAGGUCUCCCAGGCUUAGUUGAUUUUAUGCAAACGAAUUAUCCACCAGACUUUACGUAUGCUGACUUUGCGCCAGAAUUCAGGGCAGAGUUCUUUAGUCCUGUAGAAUGGGCAGGCCUUUUUAAGGAAUCAGGAGCGAAAUAUGUUGUAUUGACCAGUAAACACCAUGAGGGAUUUACUAAUUGGCCCUCGAUUUAUUCCUUUAAUUGGAAUGCUAAUGACACAGGUCCUAACAGAGAUCUUGUAGGUGACCUAGCAGAUGCAGUGAGGGACUAUUCACUUAAGUUUGGACUCUAUCACUCAAUGUUUGAAUGGUUUCAUCCGCUGUAUAAGAGUGAUGAAGCAAAUGGUUUCAAAACUCAGAAGUUUGUAAAUUCUAAGACAUUACCUGAGCUGUACGAGAUUGUCCAGAAAUACAAACCAGAAGUGGUGUGGUCAGACGGAGAUGGGGAUGCCCCCGCAGAAUAUUGGACAUCACAGGAAUUCCUGGCCUGGCUUUAUAAUGACAGCCCAGUUAAGGACACAGUAGUAGUCAAUGACAGAUGGGGAAAAAACAUUUCCUGUCACCAUGGGGGAUUCUUCACCUGUUCUGACAGGUACAAUCCAGGAAAAUUACAAACACACAAAUGGGAAAAUGCCAUGACGAUAGACCGUUACUCCUGGGGAUACCGUAGAAAUGCCCCACUGAGUAACUACCUAUCUAUUGAGGAGUUAAUCAAGACCUUUGUGACAACAGUCAGUUGUGGAGGGAAUAUGUUGAUGAAUGUUGGUCCCACUAGUUAUGGUAAAAUUGUCCCCAUUAUGGAAGAGAGGCUGAAACAGAUGGGGGAGUGGCUAAAUGUGAAUGGUGAUGCUAUUUAUGGAACAAGGCCUUGGUCACACCAAAAUGAUACAGUCACUAAGGAUGUCUGGUACACAAAAAAGAAGUCCUCUAAUGGAUACACAGUUUAUGCAGUUCUUUUACAAUGGCCCAAAGUAGGGACUUUUACCCUCGGGGCACCUCAAACAACAACAGCAACUGUAGUAUCUCUUUUAGGUUACCAGGGAAACUUUGACUGGAAUAAGGGUACUUCAGGGGGCAUUGACAUUAAAAUUCCUCCUAUUGCAUGGAAUUCAAUGCCGUGUAGAUGGGCAUGGGUGUUUAAGUUGGAAGGAAUAAGUAAUUAAUUUAAGAGAUUCACAUUCCCAGAAGAGAUUUCAAUUUUUACAAGCAAUGUAUAUUUAUUUAAUAUAUGAUUGUAUCAUUGUAAUUUUUAUACUGUUACAUCUAAUCUUUGAAAUUAUUCAAUGCUUUCAAUGCCUGGUUUGAUAUGUAGUUAUACUAGUGUAUACACUGUGCAGUUACCUUACAUUCCUGUCUUCAUAUAUUUAAUAUUUACUGUGAUAUUCCACAUUUAGUGAUCUCUGAAGGUGCAAUACCCAUAUUGCUCAAAUUCUUGAUGUAUACGUAUAUAGUUUUAAAUGUAGAAAAUGCAAAUGUAUAUGUGUACAUGCAGUAUAAAUGUUGUGAGGCCUUUAUAAAAUUGAAUAAAACAAUGAUAAUAAAAUUCUAUAUACGUAAUCUAGUGAAAAACAAGCUAAUUGAGUAUCUGUAUUAUUUGAAUUUAUGUACCAUUAUGUAUUUAUUACUGCUGAAUGGCUGAAAUAUUGAUGACUCAGCAUUUAUAUCCCCCUCCAAAAAAAAAAAACAUCAAUCACCCAGUGUAACUUGCUUUUUACUGCAGAAUUUUUUUUUUCAUGUUUAAAAAAUAGUACUAUGAAUUAUUUACAAAUAUGAUUUUUGUGAUUUAUGGUAAUUUUUUGUUGUUGUUUUCUACUUUGAAACUUUUAAAACACUAUACAGUGUUCUGGGUUUAAAUGGCUUCUCCACAUCUGUAUUCAAUUCUGUUAUGAAAUUUUAAAAAAGAAAUGAGUGUUAUAUCUGGAAUGCAAAUGUGAAGUGAAAAGAAAACAUUGUUCAUUUGCUAUAGAUUGACAAAAUAAAUAACUUUAACUAUU